GACAAUCAAAACAAAAUGGCGCAACAGGAUUCGAAAAAAGAUUUGGAAUUGACCAAAUCUUCAAAUUCAACUACUGUCUUAUCAAAUUUGAAGGAUAAUAAAGGAAAACUAUUGUAAAUUACUUUUACGAUUGUUUCAACUACUUUAAUUACGCCAUAAUUGUCUUUUUUAUUGAUGAUAAUACCUUAUAAUUUAAUUAUUUUUAAAACUUUUCGAAACGAUAGCUCUGGAAAUGGUGAAGAUCUUUUGACCAUUGAAUGUAGUGGUUCCGAUAAACUUAUUUUAUAUUACAUCAAGAAAGAGAAAGAUCCAGUUUGGAAAAUUGGAAAAUUUGUUAUAUUUACGGGAUCAAGUGAAGAACAAAAUCGGUUAAAAACUGAAAUUCAAUACGUUAUUGAUUCGAAUUGGCCUGGUAAUUCAUAUUUUUACUUGUCCUUUUAUAUUACUAUGCAUUCGAACAGGAAAGAAGCUCAAGCAUUUGCAACUUUAUGUCAAUCCUAUGUCAGGAUGGAAGAAAGCAAAAUCUAUGGUAAAAAAAGAUGUUUUACCAGUUUUCGAACUUUUGAAUAUAAAAGUUACUAUACUCGAAACCGAAAGAAAAGGUCAUUUAAAGGAACAUGUUCAGACAUUGAAUGUAGACGACUUUGAUGGAAUCAUAGUAGCCGGAGGUGAUGGAAGUUUUGCAGAGCUGAUAAAUGGUUUACUGGAAAAAGGAAUGAAAGAUGCCAAUUUAGAUUUAAAUACACCGGGCAUAAGGCCACCAUCGCCAAAUGUGACUUUGGGAAUAUUGCCAUGUGGAACUGGAAAUGGUCUUGCGAAUUCAAGCCACGGCUGUCUAGAUCCUGUAACUGCUGCACUGCAUAUUGUGAAAGGAAUUAGUAUUCCUUCAAAAGCUUUCACAGUUCACAGUGGCUCAAAGUUUAUGCGUUACGGUUUUCUUUGCGGUGGAUAUGGAGUAUUUUCGCUUGCCAUAAAACGCUCAGAAACCAAUAGAUGGAUGGGGCCUUUAAGAUAUGUUUACGGAAUGUUCUCAUCAAUGGCUCAAAAUAAAGAUUUUAUGGUUACCACUUCGGCAGAAGUUUACACUACUGAUAACAGAAUAGAUGGACCUACAGAAUGGAAAGAAUUUCCGAAAACCGUUCGAAAUGUUGAGAUUUUUAUCUAUGAUAUGAGAGAGGGUUGGGGGAAUACGACAAAGCAAGGUCUACAAAAUGCUCUAUUCGUUUGCCUUGUUUUGCCUUGUAAAGUUUGGGAACAAUUUAAAGGAGUUUACAAAUUAAUUACAAGAAAUCCAACAAGGUUUGACAAAGAUUGUUAUUUGCCAUUCAAUUGUCGUAGUCUGAAAAUGGAAUGGGAUGACGAUGCAAUUGGAUAUGAUGGAUAUAUAAAUGUAGAUGGUGAAAUAACCAAUUUGCCUGAAAGAAAUUGUUGUUUGACUGCAUUUGGAGAUGCAUUCAGGGUUUUUGGAAGAUCUGAAAAAGUUCAAGAUGAGAAACAUUGAAACUAUUUAUUUAACUCCAAUCUUACGUUUCAGUGUUUUUAAUUAUUCAUAGAUCCUUUAUAUAUAACAAAUCACCAUUUUUAACUAUUGUGCUAAACUACAUUAAAAAUCUUUUUAUUACAAUUGGAUAAUUAAUAGUUUUGACUCGCUUUCACAGUGUGCUUGGUCUGAUCGUCUUAUUUGUGCAUGUGUAUUGUCGGCUGGACCCUCAAUAUAAACUUAUUUAGUCUUAUAUUUUUGAAUCACGAAACUGGGACAUGAUCUGGAUUAAGAACAGAUUCAAAACUUAACCAUACUUUCCUAAACGGUGUUUGCUACUAAAUUGUCUAUAAUUGUCGUCAUGAGAGCGACGGAUAUUAGUAUAUGAUAUAGAGGAAAUAGCAGGCCUUUUUAAAAAAAGAAAAGAAAUUGAACGGUUUCAAAUGAUUCAUUUACAAAUAGAAUAAACAACUCUCGUAUGCUCUAUCAUACGUUUUUGAUUAUAAA